AAACCGUUUGACCGUUGCUUUUCACCAGGAACGGUGUUUUUCUAAAACGGCUGUACAUAGCAGCCAUUUCUGAUCGUUUCUCCUGCUGUUUAUUGUAGGUUUGUUGUGAGGGGAGUCUCUCUCGGAGUGACAACAACUCAAAGGUUUUCUUCUGGGUUGUUUUCCCAGCUGAAUCCGGUCGGGAUGGAUCCAACGAGCCGAUACCAAGUGUUCCACAAUGAGGACGACUCUUCUGAGGCCUCGACCAGCGAGCCGCAGCCGUGCACUUCUGCCUCCGUCCAGGCUGCCACAUCCAGCCCGGACCAGAACCAGACCCAGGUGCUGGCAGGGGAAGCAUCGGGACCCAUCGCUCAGGGGGAGUCUGACUCUGAGGCUCCUCCCCCCCCUUACGCCUCCAUCGACCUGGGAGCCUCCGCAGCAUCCGAGACCAGUUAUAGAGCGGACUUCCCAGUGCCCCCCCCCUACAGCGUCGCCACCUCACUGCCCACUUAUGACGAAGCAGAGAACGCCAAAGCAGCCGCACUGGCUACCUCCGCUGUGGAUAUGAUGCCACAGGAUGAUGAAUUCCCUCCCAGAGACGAUUUCAGUGACGCCGAUCAGCUCCGAGUUGGGAACGAUGGAAUCUUCAUGUUGGCCUUUUUCAUGGCCUUCCUGUUUAACUGGAUCGGGUUCUGCCUCUCCUUCUGUCUGACAAACACCAUCGCCGGACGCUACGGAGCAAUCUGCGGCUUCGGCCUCUCCCUCAUCAAGUGGAUCCUCAUCGUCAGGUUCUCUGACUACUUCACCGGCUACUUCAACGGGCAAUACUGGCUCUGGUGGAUCUUCCUGCUGCUCGGCAUCCUGCUGUUCUUCAGGGGAUUCAUUAACUAUCUUAAAGUCCGCAACAUGUCAGAGAAUAUGGCGACUAACCAUAGAACACGCCUGUUCUUCCUCUACUGAAAAGGUUUCCACAUUAUUACCAUUCCUUUCUGAUGUAACCCCCCCAGCCCCCCCCCCCCCCCCCCCCCCCAGCCCCCCCCCCCCC